AUGCUAUCGGGAUUCACUCUUGAAAACUGGAAAUACAUGGUAUAUGGGAUUAUGUUAGAUACUGACCGAUCUGGCUUUGGAGGUAAACUGCAAUGGGUCCUAAACGGCAUGACGAUGAUCGAAGGAAGUGGUAAUAGUGCGACGCUUACGCAACCAUCCGGCGAGACCUUCAGCUGCCUCGUGGACAUGAGCAAGAUUGGAAUUAAAAUAUUCGUCUUACUUGCCUCCCUGGUGCUUGUCCUUGUAUGCUUGAUCGCGAUGGACUUGUACUCACUACUCCGUUAUUGGAGGGAUCCAACACAUGCUCGAGUUCGAGACAUUCCGUUGGACUAUAUCUCAUGGCAACUCGCAACAGUUCGGUCGACAGACGGCAAUGCGAAUCUGUCCGAAAAGGAUCUAGGGCGAUUUGGGUAUCAAUGGAUGGAUGACAAGGGUACUUUGGACUUUCAGGAGGUCGCUCCAGGGGAUCGGAAUCUCUUGCCACUGCUUGCGGUCGAAACUAACUCCAUCGCCGCUAGCAAGCGAUGCGCCGAGUAG